AUGAGCGUCAGCGCGAGCACUGCUUCGAGCUUUCCGCGCGCCUCUUCUUCUUCUUCUGUUUUGAGAGGAGGAGGAAGAAAUCACGGAGGAAGUCUUUUAAGUGGUAGAAAGAUGACGAAUGAUUUGAGCGGAAGGAAGACGUCAUUCUUCCCCGAAGGACGACGAGGACGACGACGAGUUUCUUUUCUUAAAACGGAAGCGAUGUUCGAGAAGUUCACCUUGAAAAACCCGUUCCAAACGGACCCAGCGAUGAAGACGAAAGAGCGAUACCAACCGAUCGUUCAAAAAGUGAACCAAUUGGAACAAUCGAUUUCAUCGAUGACGGAUGAGGAAUUAAGAGGGCGAACGGAGAAGUUUCGCCAGAGACUCGCGAACGGGAAGGAGAGUUUGGACCAGCUCUUACCGGAAGCAUUCGCGACGGUCAGGGAAGCGUCGAAGAGAGUUUUAGGGUUGAGACCGUUCGACGUGCAAGUGAUUGGCGGGGUGAUUUUGCACGAAGGGCAAAUCGCGGAGAUGCGAACGGGGGAAGGGAAGACGCUCGUGUCGGCGUUGCCGGCGUACUUGAACGCGCUGAGCGGGAAAGGCGUGCACGUGGUCACCGUGAACGACUAUUUGGCGAAGAGAGAUAUGGAGUGGAUUGGCCAGAUUCACAAGUUUUUAGGUCUUUCCGUCGGGUUGAUUCAAGCGAACAUGAGCGAGCAAGAGAGGAGGAGCGGGUAUUCGAAGGACGUGACGUACGUGACGAACUCGGAGCUCGGGUUUGAUUACUUGAGAGAUAACUUGGCGCAAGUUCCAGAAGAUUUGGUGCUGAGAGAAUUUAACUUUUGCAUCAUCGACGAAGUGGAUUCCAUUUUGAUCGACGAGGCGAGAACGCCGCUGAUUAUUUCCGGGGUGGCGGAUAAGCCGUCGGAGAGGUACGUCCAAGCGGCGAAAAUCGCGGACGCGUUUCAAAAGAGCGUGCAUUACACCGUGGACGAGAAGCAAAAAAGCGUACAAUUGACCGAGGAAGGUUACGAAGCCGCGGAGGAUUUGUUGGACGUGGACGAUUUGUACGAUCCGAGAACACAGUGGGCGUUGUACAUCAUCAACGCGAUUAAAGCGAAAGAGUUGCAAUUGAAGGACGUGAACUACAUCGUACGAGGGCAAGAAAUUAUUAUCGUCGAUGAAUUCACCGGGAGAACGAUGCAAGGCAGACGAUGGUCGGACGGUUUGCAUCAAGCCGUUGAAGCCAAGGAAGGCGUGACGAUUCAAAAUGAAACCGUCACGAUUGCCUCGGUGACGUACCAGGCGUUUUUCCGAACCUUUCCGAAACUCGGCGGCAUGACCGGUACCGCGGAAACAGAAUUGACAGAAUUCGAUAAAAUUUACGAUUUGUCCGUUCAAGUCGUGCCAACGAACAGAUCGGUCUCGAGAGAAGACGCGACGGAUGUCGUAUUUCGAUCGGAAAGUGGGAAAUGGAACGCCGUGAGGAGAGAGAUCGCGAGAAUGCACAAGAAAGGACGACCGGUGCUUGUCGGCACGACGUCCGUGGAACGUUCCGAAGCGAUUGCUCGUUUGUUGGAUGAAGACGGCAUCGCGUACGAACUGCUGAACGCGAAACCAGAAAAUGUCGAACGUGAAUCUGAAAUUGUCGCUCAAUCCGGUCGUAAAGGCGCGGUAACCAUCGCGACGAACAUGGCGGGUCGCGGUACGGAUAUUUUGCUCGGCGGUAACGCCGAGUUCAUGGCGAGAUUACGCGUCCGCGAAGCUUUGUUGCCAAAAAUCGUAAAACCGGAAGACGGCGACCUCGCGUUUGAAAAGAAGGGCAAUUUAGGUAAAGCCAAGGAGAACAAAUGGAAAGUGAAAGACGGGUUAUAUCCGUGCGAUAUUUCCAGCGAAGCUUCGGCGGCUCUGGCGAACGCGGUUGAGAAAGCCAUCGCGAAUUGGGGCGAACGCUCCUUGGAAAUCUUGGAAGCCGAAGACCGAUUAUCCUUCGCGUGCGAAAAAGGUCCGACGGACGACGAGGCUUUCUUGGCCAUUCGCGACGCGUUUACGAAAAUCGAAGGUGAAUUUGAAACGUUUACGAAAAAGGAGAAAGAGGAAGUGUUGCAGCUCGGCGGUUUACACGUCGUCGGUACCGAACGUCACGAAUCCCGACGCGUUGAUAACCAGUUGCGCGGUCGUUCCGGUCGUCAAGGCGAUCCAGGCUCCACGAGGUACUUUCUAUCGCUCGAGGAUAAUUUGUUCCGCAUCUUUGGCGGCGAUAAGAUUCAAAACAUGAUGUCCAUGUUCCGCGUGGAAGACAUGCCGAUUGAGUCUGGCAUGCUCACCGCCUCCCUCGAUUCCGCGCAAACCAAAGUCGAGACGUACUUUUACGACAUCCGUAAACAACUCUUCGAUUACGAUCAAGUGUUGAACUCGCAAAGAGAAAAAGUAUAUUUUGAGAGAAGAAAAGCAUUGAAAUCGAGCGACGACAAGUUGAAAGAAGUCAUGCUCGAAUACAGCGAAAAAACUAUCGACGAUAUCGUCAAAGCGAACAUCGACACGUCCGUUCCAGUCGCCGAGUGGCCGUUGGACGGUUUGGCCAGCAAAUGCGCGCAAUAUUGCAAACUCAUGAACGAUUUGACCGAGGACGUUUUGCGUGCAGAGGCGAGCAAAGGCGGCGUCGAAGGCUUGCGGAACUAUUUGGUCAAGAGAGGCAAGGACGCCUACUUGCAAAAGAGAGGCGAAAUUGAAGCGUUACAACCUGGGUUGAUGACCGAGGCGGAAAGAUACUUCGUUUUGAGCCAAACCGAUAACUUGUGGAAAGAACACUUGCAAGCCAUCAAGUUUGUGCAACAAGCGGUCGGCUUAAGAGGCUACGCACAGAAAGAUCCGCUCAUCGAAUAUAAGUUGGAAGGUUACAACUUGUUCGUCGAGAUGAUGGCGCAAAUCCGAAGAAACGUGAUUUACUCCGUGUACCAAUUUGAACCGAAGAGAAAAGUUGAAGAAGGUCCGGAACAACAACAACAGGGACAAGGUGGCGACGACGGAUCUAUCGGCUCGAGGAAGAAGAAAGAUAAGGAGGAACAAGUUCCGCUCAUCACCGGCUAA